AUGAAUCUCAGUAUCAUCGUACUUGACAUCCGCCAACUUGUCGAGCUUCCCAUGAACUUCACUGUCGUCAUACUUGAGCUGUUGCAGCGCUUCCAGCUUUUCGCGGAGUCCAGUGUCGUCAUACUUGAGACCUUCAAGUAUCUCUCGGAGCCCAGCAUCAUCAUACUUAAGUUCUUCAAGUUUCUCUCGAAGUCCUGUAUCAUCAUACCUCAGCUCUUCAAGCUUCACUCGAAGAUCAGCAUCAUCGUACUUGAUCUCUUCAAGCUUCUCCUUAAGUCCAGUAUCGUCGUACUUGAGUUCUUCAAGCUUCUCUCGAAGGCCAGUGUCAUCGUACUUCAGCUCUUCAAGCUUCUCUCGGAGACCAGUAUCGUCGUACUUGAUCUCUUCAAGCUUCUCUUUGAGUCCAGUAUCGUCGUACUUGAGUUCUUCAAGUUUUUCGCGAAGUCCAGUGUCGUCAUACUUCAACUCUUCCAGCUUCUCUCGAAGUUCUGUAUCGUCGUACUUCAAUUCCGAGAGUUUUUCAAUCAUGUGCCGAAGGCCGCUAUCAUCAUACUUCAACUCAACCAAGCCGUCAAGCUUCUGUUGAAUUUGGGUAUCAUCAAACUUUUCAGGCGUUGUGGAUGUCUUGGAGUGCUCAAAGUGCUCAUGAACCAACUCAAGAAGAGCUUGAAUUGCUUCCAUGACCUUUGGCUGAGUCUCCUUGAAGUCGCUCUGUAUAUCUUCAACUACUGUAACAGCUUGCUGAAGUUGGUCUCGAGUCUGCUGGUGCUCGGACUUAUCCUCUAUAUGGUUCUCGUCAUUUCGGGUAACGAGCUCCUCGACUUUGCCGAAAACGGUCUGGGACGCCUCUUCCAUCUUAUCCACCGACUCGGUUACAGAAGCACCAAGGGUGUCAAUGAGAAGCUUGAGCUCUUCAGCGACUGUCUUGGUAUCCACGACUGCAGCUUCGGUAACGAUGUCUCGAGCUUCGGCGGUUUUGUUUCUUUCAUCCAGCACGGUUUGAAAUUCAUCACUGUCUCGGGCUUCCUGGAGCUUCUCGUCAGACUCCAGCUUAGCUCCAGCAAGGAUGGUUUUGGAGUCCUCAAAUUCAGCCUUCAUAGUAUCGAACAUCUCUUUCAGGUCAGUGGAGACAUUCUCAGACUUGUCGACCUUCUCGCCCAUUCCCUCAAGAAGUUUGCCCAGAGCCUCGACGCCCGUAGCUUCAUCGUCGAGCUUUGUCUUGAGAACCUCCUGGAAUUCCUCGAGGAACACCUUGACUUCGGCAACUUUCUCGCUUACACCAUUGAUCUCCUCUUGCCGCUUUUCCAGAGCUUCCUUCGUGGAAUCAGUGUGGGUAUCAAGUUUCUCCUUGGCUUCACUAAGAAUGAUCUCAAGAUUCGUCAAAUCUUCUUUCUUCGAAAUAUCGGCCAGGUCAUCCUUCUUUGCGAAAUCAGCAAGAUCCUCUUUCUUCGCGAGGUCUACAAGAUCUUCUGUCUUCGCGACGUCGGCAAGAUCUUCUUUCCUCGCAAGGUUUGCAAGAUCUUCCUUCUUAGUCAGUUCAGAAAGAUCUUCCUUUUUAGUGAUGUCCGCGAGAUCAUCCUUCCUGGCAAGCUCAGCAAGAUCCUCCUUUUUAACGAAGUCGACGAAAUCUUCUUUCUUUGUCUCGACAGCCUCGAUAUCGGUCUUUGUCACCUUCUCAGGAUCUUCCUUUUGAUCUUCCUCGUCCUUGAUGAUCUUCUCUCUAAGUUCCUCAAAGCCAAGCCUGACCUCAGUAACCAGAGUUUCCAUGUUGGAGAGAUCUUCUUUGCGAGUGAUGGCGUCCAUGUCGGCGCCCAUAAGUCGCAUGCUUUCACGAGUUUCCAGGGUCAGGGUCUCGAUGGCAUCCAAGUGCUCCUUCCGGAUAGCCUGUUCACCAUCAAUCAAGUCAUCCAAACGAGCCUUGGUAUUGCGCAAGAUGGUUUCGAUAGCUUCAACAUCCUCCUUGGAAGCAAUAUCACCACUUGGUGGUUCCAUUGCUUCAACCUUGAUCCGGAGUUGGGUAAUAAGAACCUCAAGGUUCUUAAUGUCGUCCUGCUUGACCAUGUCUACAGGGAUGAUGGCUUGCUCGUCGAUAUCAGUAGGUCUUCCCACGGCUGCGACCGCUCUGUCGUUACUGCCCUCUCGAAUACUAUCGAUGUCGGACCUAACAGAGUCCAGUCCCGACUUGAGUGCUUCCAAAAUUUCAUCGUUGGCAGUCAAAUCCGCAGGCUUGUUGCUCAUCCUGUCAAUACCGGCGCGGAUGUCGUUCAAUCCUUCGUUGAGGGCAUCGAUGAUUUCGGUCGUUUCAUUUCGUGGGCGUAA